AGUUAAGCUUCUUCGGUUAUCACAAAGCGGAUUUCAUCUUCCAUUUUCAGUCUUCUCUUCCGAUCUCAGGCAUCAGUGACUCAGAUUCUUAGUGACUGGAGCUCUCGCAGCCGCAUCGCCAAGAUGUUCGUCAAGAAACUCGUUGAUAUGGCUUCGCGGAAGCCAGGAGGCACCUUUGACGGCUUAAAAGGAUGUGAGGUGGAACCACGUCUUGCCUUCCACUAUGGCAUUCCAUCAGGUUCUACUACGUUUGCUUAUGACUCCAUCCAAAGGAUACUUGCUCUUUCUACCAAAGAUGGUCGAAUUAAGCUAUUUGGAAAAGAUAACACUCAAACUCUACUCGAGUCUAAGGAGGCAAUUCCCAGCAAGUUUUUGCAAUUCAUGGAGAACCAGGGAUUCCUUCUUAAUGUUACUGCAAACAACCAAAUUGAGGUAUGGGAUAUAGACAAGAAGUUGUUGUUACAUGUGCAUGUUUUCGAGGAAGAAAUCACCUCUUUCACGAUCUUACAACAGAGUCCAUAUAUGUAUGUUGGAGAUUAUCUCGGUAAUGUUUCAAUUUUGAAGCUCGACCAAAGUCUCUGUAACAUAAUACAAAUGAAGUACACCAUACCUGUUUCAGCCUCACGUGGAAAUCCAGCUGAAGUUACCAGUGAUAUAUCUAUAAACCACAUAUUACCACAACCGACCACUGAAUUUAAGAGAGUGCUUCUAAUAUUCAAUGAUGGCCUGAUUACUCUGUGGGAUACUAAAGAAUCCAGAUAUAUUUUCAUCACGGGUGGAAAUACCAUGCUAUCACCAUAUCAAGAAGCAAAGAAGGUGACCUGUGCAUGCUGGGUCUGCCCUUUAGGAAGUAAAGUUGCUGUUGGGUAUGGCAACGGAGAUGUUUUAAUAUGGACUAUUCCUUAUGGCAAAAAUCCGAGAACUGAUUCAGUGUCCGAGAAUAGCACUCGAACUGGUCCUUUAUGUAAGCUUAAUCUUGGAUAUAAGUUGGACAAAAUUCCUAUAGCGUCGCUGAGGUGUGCUUAUGUGGAUGCAAAAACAAGUAGACUAUAUGUUAUGGGUGCCUCUGCGAACUUCCUGCAGGUAGUCUUGUUAAAUGAGCAAACUGAAGCUCGCAUGAUUAAAUUGGGGCUUCAGCUGUCCGAACCUUGCAUCGACAUGGCAAUCAUUUCAAGCCUCAACGAUCACAGCAAGAACAAGCAAGAUUAUUUAUUAUUGCUUGGGAAAUCUGGCUGUAUUUAUGCUUAUGAUGAUUGCAUGAUUGACAAAUAUCUCCUACAACAAUCCCAAUCCAGGUCGGCAACCUCACUUCCAAAAGAGGCUAUGCUUAAGAUUCCGUUUGUUGAUUCAAUCAUAACUGUGGCAAGAUUUUUCAUCAAUAACUCUAGUUCUCUAUAUGCUUCAGAUGAGGAUUACAUUCAGCGGACAAAAGACAUUCCUUCACUUUUUCUUUCUGAGCCAAAACCAAAGGAAGUAACAUACUUAAACACAGUCCAGUUUGGUGGAUUUUCAAAGGUUGAGAAUUUGUAUAUAUCUGGACAUAAUGAUGGAAGCAUAAACUUUUGGGAUGCAUCAUGCCCUAUUUUCAUCCCAAUAUUUUCUUUACAACAACAGAGCGAGGAUGAUUUUUCUUUAAGUGGUAUACCGGUGACAGCAUUGCAUUUUGAUGGCAGUUCCCAGAUUCUUGUUUCUGGAGAUCACAGCGGAAUGGUUCGUGUCUUUAAAUUUCGGCCAGAACCUUAUGCAGCUGACAACAGUUUUAUGCCUUUCCAAGGAAGUACGAAGAAACGGAACAAUCAUAUUAUGCAGAGUGUUAAACUUAUAAAAGUUGAUGGUCCAAUACUUGCAAUCAACAUAAACCCCAGAUCAAAUCAUCUUGCUGUUGGAUCUGACCAAGGAUGUGUUUCCCUAUUCGAUAUUCAAGGGUCCAAUCUAAUAUAUCAAAAACGUAUUACCAGUGAAAUAUCUGCCGGUAUCAUUUCUUUGCAGUUUGAAAGCUGCAAUUUGCAGGGUUUUGAGAAAAAUGUUCUCGCUAUUGCGACCAAGGAUUCUUCUAUCUUGGCUCUUGACAGUGAAACUGGAAAUACAUUAAGUGCUAGCAAUGUUCAUCCCAAGAAACCCUCUAGAGCUCUAUUCAUGCAGAUUUUAUAUGGUCAAGAUGCAGCAACCAGAGGAUCAAGCAUGUCAGAUGAUCUAGAACUGGUAAAAGGUAGUCCAGCUGUGGAUAGCAUGCCAAAACAGUCUCUGUUAUUACUAUGUUCUGAGAAAGCCUCAUAUAUCUAUUCCUUUGUGCAUGCUGUUCAGGGAAUCAGGAAGGUUCUUUACAAGAAGAAGUUUCAUUCAUCAUGUUGUUGGGCAUCAACCUUCUAUAGUACCUCAGAUGUUGGUCUCAUGCUUGUUUUCGGCACUGGGAAAAUCGAAAUAAGGUCCUUGCCAGAGUUCUCUCUCUUAAAGGAGACUUCAGUAAGAGGUUUCAGAUGUUCUCCUUCAAAAGUUAAUUCAUUGCCUGAUUGCAUUAUAUGUUCUUCCAAGGAUGGCGAACUUAUUGCGGUAAAUGGUGAUCAAGAAAUGUUUGUCGUCUCGGUAUUGUGCCAUAAGAAAAUCUUUAGGAUUUUGGACUCUGUCAGUCACAUAUACAGGAAAGAUCAUACUUUUUCACAAGAAGGGAUUAUUGCUCACAAGGAGAAAAAGAAGGGUAUGUUUACAUCUGUUUUCCAAGAGAUGGCUGGAAGCAAAACAAAGCAGGCUCCCGACAUCGAAACAGAAGAUGCUAAAGAAUCUGUUGAAGAACUUUCCGUAAUCUUUUCAGCUUCCAACUUCCACAGGGACGUUAAAAUUGCUGAAGGUAGUGAAGACAAGUCUGCAUUGGAUAUAGAUGACAUCGAACUUGAAGAUCCUGUUGAAAAACCAAAAGAACAGAGCAUGUUGGGUAAUCUUAACAAGCAAAAGUUGGCAAGUACAUUUAAUUCUUUUAAAGGAAAGCUGAAACAGAUGAAGGUCAAGACGGAGAAAAACUCGGCCAAGGAAGAGCAACCUGAUUGGAAUCCAGAUAAUAAGGCAGGUGCAGUUGAUCAAAUCAAGAAGAAGUACGGGUUUUCAUCAGCUGGGGAAACAAGUGUUGCAAAGAUGACAGAAAGCAAGCUGCAAGAGAAUGUGAAGAAAUUACAGGGAAUCAACCAAAGAGCUACAGAUAUGCAAGACACAGCAAAGUCAUUUUCAUCAAUGGCAAAUCAAUUACUGCGAACUGCUGAACAUGGAAAACGUAAUUAAAAAGUAAUUAUUUGUUAUAUUUUGACUGCUUGGUGCUCACAGUCUCUGGUUUUUGAGUGGAGGCUAGCCCAGCACCAAAUUCUCUAAAUUCAAGUCAUUUCAAGAAAAAACCUUUUUUUUUGCUUAAGGUCAAUUACUGCUUUCAUAUAAAUUAAACUGACAUUUCAUUGUAGGCUAGCACCUCGAAAUCCAGUGUUAUAAUACGAGUAAAAUUAUUACUUA